AUGCUUUUGACAAUGAUUUUUGUGCUUCAUCUCUUGUUGUUGUGCUUUGCAGGAAGCAAGGCAUUUGACAUCACGUCACCUACCGAAACUACAAACUGGGAUAUAUCUGCUCCAAUUGAGAUCGAAUGGUCUGCCGCUUCAACCGACCCGGAAAAAUUCAAUCUUCAAAUCACAAACCGGGAUCCAAAUUCUUAUCCUGAAGGCAUCACGGAAGUUGUAAAGCAAGAUCUAAGUUCUAGCAAUGGGAAGGUAAAGCUGGACUUAUCGGGCGACGAUCAUCUUAAAUCUGGAACAGGUUAUACCAUCAAUUUCAUCAAAAGCCAAUCCGAUGAGAUCUUGGCACAGUCACACCCUUUCAGUCUCACUAAUGAUCAAUACAACUCGAAGGGUGUUGUAGUACUUAUAGCACAACAAGGGCUAUACAGUGCUUUGAAAGAGGAUAAUCUGAAGAUAUAA